AAGGUUUCUUAAAGUUUUGCAUCACUGUUUUUGGGUUAAUAAUUAAAUUCUCAGGAGUGGAACGCAAUUAUCAGCAAGCCCAAAGUGCAAGAUCCACGCAAGCAGGGAACUCACACCUCCUCCUUGCCCUGGCACAGGCUCCACUCCAGUAUCCAAGACAUUCUGAACACAGCCAUGUUCCCUGCUCUCCACCUCUCUGCUCUGCGGGUGUGAGCCUGUCCUGCUGUCUAUUUCUAUGCUCUGCGGGUGUGUCUGUCUGGCUCAAGCCCCAUGGAUUCCUUUGAGGGUCUGCACUCUGUCACGCUCUCCCCCAGCUCCCUGCCUCCCCAGACCAGCCUGGGUUAUGAGAUUCUCAUCACAGGGGAAACACAGGUCUACUCCUCCCCAGCUCUGUUUUGCGGGAGUCGGUACCAGCCCCCCCACGCCAGCGCCAAUCACCAGGGGUACCCUGAAAUCAGCGCGAGGGGCAAGGAAGGGGUCACCAACAACCAUGACAGUCUCCUGGAUCUGGAGGCGGGGUCCUGGAGCGUGUCCAGUGAGAGUGCGGGGAGCGAGCGGGCUGUUCCAAUGCCGCUGGGAGCCGGGGUGGAUCCAGAGGGUCCCGAGAGCGAGGAGAACGUGCGGGCGCGGUACAACGUGGCCCGACUGCGCAGCUCCUCCGUUGAGAUCCGGGAGAAGGGAUCGGAGAUCCUGAAAGAGGAGCUGCAGAAAGCACAGAAAGAGCUCAAGCUGAAGGAUGAGGAGUGUGAGCGCCUGUCCCGGGUUCGAGAGCAGCUGGAGCAGGAGCUGGAGGAGCUGACUGCCAGCCUGUUCGAGGAGGCUCACAAGAUGGUUCGGGAGGCGAACACAAAGCAGGCCGUGGCGGAGAAACAGCUGAGAGAAGCCCAGGGGAAGAUUGACGUUCUCCUGGCGGAAGUCUGUGCUCUCAAGACGCUGGUCCUCACCUCAACCCCCUCCUCCCCGAACAGGGAGAUGCACCCCCAGCUGCUCAGCCCUUCCAAGGCCGUCUUCAAGAAGGGCCAUGCCCGCAACAAGAGCGCCAGCAGCGCCGUCGCCACGGCAACCCCCCCGCCGGGCUCCGCCACGCAGCCAAUCAGCAGAGAGAGCAAGGAGGUGGACUCUGUCCUGUUCUCAGAGUUCCUGUCCUGGAGGAUGGAGCCAAGCCUCGAGCCAGACAGCCCCUUCCUGCAGCGAGUCUACAGGGAGGACAUCGGACCCUGCCUGUCCUUCGCUAAGAGAGAGCUCUCCCAGUCUGUUCAGGCUGCAGUAGAGAGUAACACUCUGAGUAUUGAACCAGCUGCAGUCCAGGCCUUGCCAGUGGUGAAAGCUUCAGCCAUCGAGUGCGGCGGCCCCAAUGGGUCGCGGGCUCAUGUAGUGACGAAGUGUGCUCUGAGUGGAAUGUCACGGGCCUGCAAGCACCGAAUCAAACUGGGAGACUCUGGGAGCCAUUACUACAUCUCCCCAUGCAGUCGAGCCCGGAUCACUGCUGUGUGUAACUUCUUUACCUAUAUUCGUUAUAUCCAGCAGGGGCUGGUCCGGCAGGAAGAUGAGCAGAUGUACUGGGAGGUGAUGAGACUCAGGAAGGAGAUGUCUGUGGCAAAACUGGGCUUCUUCAGAGAAGACGAGGUUUAGAGAGAGCGUCACCUCCAGGAUGGGAAGUGGAGGUGGGGGAAUUACGAAAGAACAACAAAAGAAAAGUGAUGGGAACUGCUGAAGACCAACUGGAAAAGAAAGAAACGGCGGGGUUUCUUUUUUUUUAAAGCACAAUGUCCUCCUGAGCGAGAGACCCCCCUGACCGUCGCACGCACUCCCUGACCCUCGCACACACUUUCAUACACACACACACACACACACACACACACACACACACACACACACACACACACACACACACACCCUGACUGUCACACACACCCAUACCCCCUGACGCUCGCACACACUUCCAGACACACACUCGUACACACUGAGACACAGACACACUCUCGUACGCACUGAGACACAAGACACACAC